AGCGCACAAACAUUACAGGAUUUCCCCCCAGAACUGAGUAACCAUGGUUAAGGCCAAGACUUGGAUUUUAAAAAAGUACUUCGAGGGCUUUCCUAAGGAGAGUGACUUUGAGCUGAGAGUGGUGGACCUGCCUGAGCCGAAAGACGGAGAGGUCCUGGUAGAGGCACUGUACCUUAGUGUGGACCCAUAUCUGAGGCUGUUCAACAGAGACUUUAUCAAAGAAGGGGAUGUUCAGUAUGGUGGUCAAGUGGCCAAGGUGAUCCAGAGUAAAAACAAGGCUUUCCCUGUUGGAUGCCAUGUAUUUGUACACAGUGGAUGGAGGACUCACACCCUGUCUGAUGGAUCAGACCUCACCAAACUCCCAUCCAACUGGCCAAAGGAUAUUCCCCUCUCUCUGGCUCUGGGAGCCAUUGGAAUGCCAGGGUUGACCGCUCUAUACGGUUUAGAGGAAGUUCUCCAGAUCAAGGCUGGUGAAACGGUCCUGGUCAGUGCAGCGGCCGGAGCGGUUGGAGCAGUGGUCGGUCAGAUCUGUAAGAUCAAAGGCUGUAAGGUGGUUGGGUCAGCUGGGAGUGAUGCUAAGGUGGCCUACCUGAAAGAGCUGGGCUUUGACGAGGCCUUUAACUACAAAACCGUCUCAUCGCUGGAGGAGGCCCUCAAAGCCGCCUCACCUGAUGGAUACGACUGUUACUUUGAGAAUGUGGCUGGUCCCUUCUUUACUGCUGCACUUUCUCAGAUGAAGAAAGAGGGACGUAUUGCUGUGUGUGGAGCCAUAUCUCUGUAUAAUGACACCACCCCUCAGACAUGUCCUUUCCCUCAUAAGACUAUGCUGGUUAAUCACCUGAAAAUGGAGGGAUUCACUGUAUCAAAAUGGAAGCACAAAGAUGAAGAAUCUCGGCAGAGACUGCUGACCUGGAUGAAAGAGGGAAAACUGAAGGCCAAAGAAGUGGUAACUGUCGGGUUUGAGAACACUCCUGCUGCUUUCCUCAGAAUGCUGAGAGGAAAUGACAUUGGAAAACACAUUGUUAAAGUGUGAGACACAAACAGUCCUGUCUGUUAUUUCACGUAGACAAGGCUAAUCUGUGUUUUUAUGCAUAACGGAUGUACUUAUGUAAAAGAUUCCAGUAGCCCAAUUUUUCAAAACUGUUGUCGUAAAAUAUUAAACGUGAAAAAAAAAACCCCACACCAAACACAUUGCUAAAGUGUUACUUUACUGUUUUACUAUAAAGUGUUACUAUAAGAUACUAUACAUUCUCCAUAUUCACAACUGGUAUCUCAAUUACAAGGCUUAUGUGUGUUUAUACAUCCAGUAUAACAGAAACUUUCUCGAUCCACACACUGCAGAAAAUCCUGGCUUCCUCUUAGAUGUUUGCAUUUUCCUCCUACAAAAUCACAAAUGAAGUGAGUUAAUUGUCUUGCACUGUCAAAGGUUAUAUAAAAUAUGUGUCAUGUAAUUUGUGUUGUGAUUUUAAGUGUCUCUUUUAAAUUUUACAAUGUGUAAAUUACAAUGUGCAAUGUCUAAAACAUUGUGAAUUAUAUUUCAACUGGUAAUAAAAAAUGC